AUGACUGAGAUUUCAGCCAGAGGUACUGACCAAAAUUCUUUUGAUGAUUCUAAAGAAGUCAGCCCAAGUAAUUUGCUUGAAGCUGAGGACAAUUACUACAAAAUGUUCUUGAAAGAUUAUGCAAAUGAUUGUAUGUAUUUUGAUAAGGAAGUUGAUUUCACAUCCCAGUUGAUAAAAGAAACGAAUAAAGAGAUCCCAAAGCAU